AUGUCAAAGAAACAGUCUGAUCCUGAUUCAGCUUGGACCAUGGCACACAUCACCAUAAACCAAUACCUCCAGCAGAUGGUGGAGUCCAUAGAGAACCGUGAUGGUUCUUUCUGCGCUGAGCUGAUGUCGUUCAAGCAUCCACAUGUGGCCAACCCCAGACUACAGCUCCAGUCUCCUGAGGACAAGUGCCAGCAGGUCCUGGAGCCUCCGUACGACGAGAUGGUGGCGGCACAUCUGAGGUGCUGUUUGGCCGUGGCCAAUCAUGACUUCGUAGAAGCAUACAAGUUCCAGACUCUGGUCGUACAGGCGUUCCUCAGAGCAUUCCAGUCGCAUAAAGAGGAAAACUGGGCUCUGCCGCUCAUGUUUGCUGUCACCCUGGACCUGCGCAUCUUCGCCAACAACGCAGAGCAGCAGUUACAAUCUCAGGGCAAAGUUCAUCCUGGUGAAAUGUUGGAGAAAGCAGCAGAACAACUGAUGAGCUGCUUCAGAGUCUGUGGGAGCGACAAUCGCGCUGGGAUCGACGAUUCUAAAAAAUGGGGAAUGAUGUUUCUGAGCAACCAGCUGUUCAAGAUCUACUUCAAGAUCAACAAGCUGCACUUGUGUAAACCUCUGAUCAGAGCCAUCGACAGCUCCAACCUCAGGAGCGAGUUCAGCACUGCGCAGACCGUGACCUACAAGUACUAUGUGGGACGCAAGGCCAUGUUCGAUUCUGACUACACACCAGCGGAGGAGUGUCUUUCCUACUCCUUUGAUCACUGCCAUCGUUCAAGUCAGAAGAACAAGAGGAUGAUCCUGAUCUACCUGCUGCCUGUCAAGAUGCUGCUGGGCCACAUGCCGACUCUGCAGCUGCUCCGAAAGUACGACCUCAUGCAGUUCUCUGACGUUACCAAAGGAGUCAGAGAGGGGAACCUGCUACUGCUUACUGAUGCUCUGUCCAAACACGAGACGUUCUUCAUCCGCUGUGGGAUCUUCCUCAUUCUGGAGAAACUCAAGAUCAUCACCUACAGAAACCUGUUCAAGAAAGUAUACCUGCUGCUACAGACUCACCAGCUCCCCCUGGAGGCCUUCCUGGUGUCUCUGAGAAUGAUGAAGGUGGAGGGAGUGGAUCUGGAUGAAGUGCAGUGCAUCCUGGCCAACCUAAUCUACAUGGGCCACAUCAAAGGCUACAUUUCUCACCAACAUCAGAAGCUUGUUGUGUCCAAGCAGAAUCCUUUCCCUGCACUGAACACCCUCACUUAG